AUGACGCCCAUCAACCACUACACAUUCACCCCGGAUACCGACCUCGAGUUGUUCCUCAAAGAGCUCGUUAGCAACAGUAUCAAGCACAGCGAUGACCUGCAAUAUCGAGUAGAUACGCAUAUCGGGAAGAACUACCCCAUCAUCCUCGAGGACAAACUCUGCAGCUGUUUUGCACUGGAGGGCCUCGCUUCUCAGGUGGAAUCAGCGUACGACAUCGUGAGCAGAGCCUUUUCCCGAGCAAAUGUCGAGCUACUUCGCCGGAGAAAUGCCCUCAUCAGCAUCAACACCCUCCCCCUCGAGAUCCUUAGGCCCAUCCUCCUCCAGGCAGCGGGAAUGGAUGUCGACGAUAAGCUGGCUGUAGCGUACACAUGCUUCCACUGGUGGAAGGUCUGCAACGCCUACGCGCCGUUCUGGUCAGACUUCACCUUCCCGCCCUCUGCCAUCAAAGCCCGCCGACUCUUCUCCAUGGCACAGAAUCGGGGCCAACUCCUUCAUGUCAUCGUGCCAGGGAUGCUUUCCAUCCGCACCCCAGCCGAAGCCGGGUACAGAGAUAUCCUCGUUUCACACAGCGAUCUCGUUCGCAACCUCGAUGUCCGCGACUGGCCUGGGGUCGGUUGGUUCGAAAAGACGUUCCCCAACCUCGAAGAACUCUCCGUCACCCGACCACUGAACCUCAUUACCGACGAUCCCUCUACCCCUAUCCCCCUUAUGCACCUUCGCACCUUGCGAGUCCGCAUGGAGCUCGGUCUACUCUCCGCUUUCCUUUCCACCCUACGGACCUCUCCUGCUCUCACGUCGGUCGUCCUUAGCGCAUACACGGUGCAUUCGCGACCGAUCUCCGACGCCCACAAGCCUCAACUUUUUGCGCUGCCGUCGCUCAGCUGCCUCCCCAUGCUCUCCUCCGUCGUUUCCCUCACCAUUCGCGGCUCCACCGCCUCUCCUGUGCCGUCCAACACCCAUGGUGGUCCGCCGUCCCCUCACGAAGCACCCCGUACGGAACCCGCAGACGUCGCCCCAUUCCCUCUCCUCCCUGGCGCGCCCCCUCUGCCCGCAGGCCCAAGCCUGGAGCUGGGGCUCUCGUGGCCCGCGGAGCUUGGACACAACCCCGUCUCCGCCGCCGUGGCCGAGUGUGCCGCUUCCCACGCGCUCACGAACCUUCUGUCGUCCGCGGGGGCCCUCGACGCGCUUCGAUGCCUCACACUCGCCGGACCGAUCCCUCCCCCGUGCGCUUCUUGCGAUCCCCAGCACCGGGCGCCGAGACGGCGGCCGGGGUGCCGGCGAUGGCAGCUCUGCGCGGACGACGGGCCGCUCCUCGUCAUACGCGGGCCUCAUACCGUGAAGACGCUCCUCGCGCUCCUUCCUCCGAUCCCGGAGUCGCCGUCAGCGGGCAGCGACUCCACUCGUCGGAGGAGCUGGAGCGGCCGCAGCACCAGCACCGUCAGCACCAGCACCGCCAGCAUCAGCACCGUCAGCACCUUCCACUCGGCCUCCUGGAGCGAAAUCUCAUUUUCGCUGGGCCUUGAGGCCGUGCAGAAGUUCCUGCACCUUGGAAGUGCGUCCGACGCCGCUGGGACAGGUGCGGGCGUUGCGGCGCUCGUACUCACGGAGCAACGGCUGAUGGGGGAGGAGGACGUCGCGGUGCUGGAGGCACUGCUCGGGCGCGGGGGUGUCCUGGAAAGCGUGCGGUCGGUGACGAUGUUGAGGGGAAAGGCACAGGACGCCCAACAAGUCGUGCGCGACGAAUUUGGGCUUAUAGGCGACCUCGUUUUCGAAACCACCGACCUCCUCGGCCCAGAAGAAGGGACUGUCCGCAUACACCGCCGCGCCUGGGACGGCAUCCGUACCGUCUUACGAUGUGUCACCGCUCGUGUCGACCAUGCUCUUGCGGCCCCGCUCUCGCAGAAGCGCAUCUCGGUCGUCGGCGGGCUCCAAUGCGUCUGUCAAAUGGCACAGUUGGGAGCAAGGUUCCUGGGGGGCCGUAGCGCUACGGGCUCGCGUCCAACCAGCAUUGUCGCCACGUCGCACAAAGACUUCACCAGCCAGCCCGGUCCAUCUAGCGCCCCGUUGGUUCGCUCGUCACUUGGACCUGCGGAUAGUCCUCCCGCCUCGAGGGUGCUGUCACACGAACCGUCGAGGAUCGAGGAGCUAGACGAUGACGAGCCCGCUCUAGAACCGCAAGAAGAAGAGAAGGAGGAGGAAGAAGAGCCUGUGCGCUCGCCAACGAAGAAGCACGCCACCCGACCGCGCAUCCUAUCAGACUAUGGCAUAGACAACGACACAGACGAGCAAGACGAAGGCAACGAACUGCUAGGCCGCCGCUCCGCUUUACAGUCACCCACGCCUGCUUCGGUGGCUCGGUCAGGCAGGAUGUCGCGUGCGGGCAGCGUGUCACACGGGGACCCUGAGGGACCGCACCCCGGCGUGCGCAAAGGCGAACAGCCGUCUCCCCUGCAAUAUGUCGAAACUGCGCCUGAGCCUAAUAUCAAGACAAAGAAGGUGCUUCCACAAUCCUCGAGGGCCUCCCCUACGGGGUCACAUCGCUCUCAGCCGCCCCCCUCGCAGCCGCCGUCAUCACACAUGCCGAAAACCGACGAGAGCUUCCUCGUUGUAAUCGAGUACAGCGAAGACCCUGAUAGCCGGUCGCUCUUCAAGACCCGUGGCCGGCACAUGGUAUCCAAGGUGUUGCUGCAGGCUUGUCGCACCUUCGGCCUGGAAGAGUACUACGAAAGUGCACAGCUUACUCUGGUGAUCGAGGAAGCCGGGGAAGAUGACGACAUCGUGUUCCAGCGGCGGUACGUGUGCAAGAGAGACGAGACGAUGGCAGAGGCCGGAGCAGAGCCCAAUGCGCGCUUCAUCGUCGAGAUCGAGUACGACGACGACGAUUAG